AUAGAGCGCCGCUAUGCCACUAUUCAGGUCUAGUCCUGGAGGAGGAGGAGGAGCAAGGCGGAAGUGCUGCUUCCCUCCGCCCCCACCAAUAUGGUCGCUGUGAGGAAAGGAAGAAGCCCGCAGGCUGAGAGGUGCAUCCUGUGAGGUCGGCUCUGCGGGACGUUGGACUUUUAAAGGAAAUGUAAAUGAUAUGGUAUGUGUGUCCCUAGAAACACGUCCCCUGAAUAGCCGUGUCUUAUUUACACGUCGCUCCUUCCAUAGCCCUAUGGAGAAAAAGGACUUCGAAGCAUGGCUUGAAAAUCUCUCGGCUUCGUUCUACACCCUGACGGACCUGCAGAAAAAUGAAACGUUGGAUCACUUGAUCAGCCUGAGUGGGGCCGUACAGCUGAGGCACCUCUCCAACAACCUAGAGACGCUGCUCAAAAGAGACUUCCUUAGGCUUCUGCCGCUGGAGCUCAGCUUCUACUUGCUGAAAUGGCUGGACCCUCAGACCUUACUCACAUGCUGCCUGGUCUCCAAGCAGUGGAACAAGGUUAUAAGUGCCUGUACGGAGGUGUGGCAGAUGGCUUGUCGGAACUUGGGCUGGCAGAUUGACGAGACAGUGCAGGACACCUUGCACUGGAAGAAAGUCUACCUGAGGGCCGUGGUUAGGAUGAAACAGCUCGAAGACCAUGAAGCCUUCCAAACAGCAUCACUUAUUGGUCAUAGCGCCAGAGUUUAUGCACUUUAUUACAAGGAUGGACUCCUGUGUACAGGUUCAGACGACUUAUCAGCGAAACUUUGGGACGUGAGCACUGGACAGUGUAUAUAUGGUAUCCAGACCCACACGUGCGCCGCAGUGACGUUCGAUGAACAGAAGCUGGUAACUGGCUCCUUCGAUAACACUGUUGCCUGCUGGGAUUGGAGUACGGGAGCCAAAACACAGCACUUCCGAGGCCAUACCGGUGCAGUGUUCAGUGUGGACUACAAUGAUGAACUGGACUUACUGGUGAGCGGUUCAGCAGAUAACACUGUGAAAAUAUGGGCCUUAUCAUCCGGAACGUGUUUAAAUACCCUCACUGGCCAUACUGAGUGGGUUACAAAGGUUGUGUUGCAGAAAUGUGAAGUCGAGUCCAUCGUGCACAGCCCUGGAGACUUCAUUCUCCUCAGCGCAGAUAAAUAUGAGAUCAAGAUCUGGCCAAUAGGAAGAGAAAUCAACUGCAAGUGCUUGAAGACUCUCUACGUGUCGGACGAUCGCAGUAUAUGCUUACAGCCCCGGCUCCACUUCGAUGGGAAAUACAUUGUGUGCAGCUCUGCCUUAGGGUUGUACCAGUGGGACUUUGCUAGCUAUGAGAUACAGAGAAUCAUCAAGAUGCCAGAUUCUACCAACCUCUCCCUACUUGGCUUCGGCGACAUCUUUGCUCUGCUGUUUGACAACCAUAACUUAUACAUAAUGGAUUUACGGACAGAGAAACUGAUCAGCCGCUGGCCUCUGCCGGAAUACAGAAAGUCCAAGAGGGGUUCCAGCUUUUUGGCGGGGGAAAUAGCCUGGUUAAACGGCCUAGACGGGAUGAACGACAUAGGUUUGGUCUUUGCCACAAGCAUGCCGGACCACAGUAUCCAUUUGGUGCUGUGGAAGGAGAACGGCUGAGAAGGCGAGACGCGGGCGCCGGCUGAUUUUAACGGAACGUUCAGACGGAUGUUCCAGAGACGAGUUCGGGGAGAAUGCCAUGCAUGAACCAAAGUUUCUCAUCUUGUCAUGCAGUGCACAAUCAUCGUUUAUCUUCCAUUUCUCUGGGUCGAAAAAAGGGGAGUGUUUUAUUUGUGAACCAACCAGAUUGCAUGCCGGCGGGAUCUCACCGUAGCGUUCCACCAAACACUGAAACGUAUCUGUCUACGCCAGAUAGGACUCAAGACGCCGCCAUUUUUAACCUCCACCGCUCCUUACGCCCACCCCUGAUGCGUUCUGGAUAAAAAGGAAUUUUUUUUUAAAAAAGGCUGGUAAAAUUGACCAGGAAGUUGCAAUAAUAAAAGAAAAGUCACGCUCUCUCCAUGCUACAACCGUGCUAUGUAUAUGUCAGCCUUCAGGAUUGUUUAUAUAUGUAAUCUAUUUUACUACGGAAAUAGCUAACGCAUUUAACAAUGUAAAAAUGCACCGCGUAGAGGUAGAGUAUUCCGGAGCUUAGAGUAUUCCUGUUUGAGCACUUAGGUAGUAACAAUACAUAAGACUUAAUCAAGGAGGAUACGUUCUUGUUGCUUUGUAUUCUGCUUCUCCGAACCUUUAAAUGGAAGAUAUAACCUACUUGUAAGUAGGGAACGCUGUCCCUUUAAUUGGGGGGAAAAAUACAAAUACAGGGGUUAAUUCAAAAAUGUUUUCAAAAUGUGGGCCAGUUUGGUAGCCCAUAGCAACUAACGGGUGCAGUAAUGACAGCUUGUUGUUAUGGGCUACAUGACUGGACCUUUAUUUAACCAUUUAUAUGUGCAUUGUUCCCUUUUGUUUAUUUUAUCUACUGAUAUUUUAACAGGACAAUUUCCCCUUUUUUUUUUUUUUUUUUUUCUUUUAAUUUUGGUUGUCAAAGACUUUUCAUUGGUUCUGUAAAAUACCCUAGUGGGACAGCCUAUAAUAAGCAGUGAGGGUAUAUCCGACAAGCCCUAGUCUAAUGUUACCAAACAGCAUGUAAAUGUAUUUUAAUACACAAUGAAUAUACACAACAACAAUACAAAGUCUUUUUUUUGUUUUUGUCUUUUUUUGUUAAGAAUAACAGUGAUUGGUUCAAAUCAAACUGCAUUCGGGGCUCUGAAUAAAGCAGAACUAUGACAAA